AUGUUCAUAAGCAAAAAUACUACAAUAUAUUCAUCUAAUAACGCAAUCCGUUCUUUAAACUUAAAAAGGUCAGAAAGAUUUCUAUCAUCCUUUUCAUAUCUGAAUAAUAACCCUUUACUUCGGAAAUCAGUUGUUAACAAUAGCAAAAUUAAAAUUAAAAAUCCAGUAAGCAAAUUAAAUCAUAAGAUUGGUAAUUCAGAAAGAUUAUUUUAUAGUCAAAAACUACAAUUAAACAAAUAUAAUAAUAACACUCAACUGAAUAAUGAUCUAGUUGUUGAUUAUUCAUGGUUACCAAAAGUUCCUUCUAAUAAACGUUUAACACAUCAAGAUAUCACUACUGACAUUUUCUAUUCUGGUUUCCGUCCUUUAUCUAUAGAUCCAACAGAAUUAGAAAAUAAAGAUGAAGAUUCUAGUACUUGGUAUGAAGUAUCUUUAACUCUGGAUUCACCAGUACCUCCUUCCGGCCACAACAGUAUUUGGACCUCUUCCGCUACUGGUAUGGAACGUUAUAGAGAAUGGCACAGUGUCCCAGAAGAAGUCAUCAAUAGCUUAACACCAUUUCAACCACCUGACAUAGAUGGAAAUGUUAAAUCACAAGUUAUCAAGGAAGCUUCAAAUCCAAAACCAAAAUACUCAUUUGUUUGUAACGGUGAAGUCUCGGGAAAUUAG